GCGGGACUGACACUGUAGUGACACGGGCUGAGCAGACAUGGAGGCCCCACCAACGAGAAAGGCCCGUGCUGACACAUCCAGGCCCAGCUAACGGCGCGUCGGAGUGGAUUUUCGGAACAUCUUGGAAGAAAUUCAGGAUAUAUCACCUUGUAAGGAAGAAGGAUUUUACUACCAAAGAAGAAGGAAUUAAUAGGGAGAUCCAUUUCGGGGCUCUAUGUUGAUUCAACGUAGCCGCCAUUUUGUUGACAGUGUUUUUUUAAAACAACCUACACGGUGGUGCGUUUGUUAUUUUGGACCGCUGGAAUGUUACUCUUGACAUUUCUGCGUGUAGUUAUCGGUGAUUUUAAAUCCGCAUUUGCAUUCGUGGCUACGUGUAACAUUUUUCUGGUUUGGCGGACUUGCUAGUGCAUCGUUAGCCGUUGUAGCCGAGAUGUAACACGAGUGCAUGCGAGGAUGUGACGGGGAUGAAUGAUUAUGUUCAUUACUUGUCCCGCACUGUCACAGUAACAUCCCCUAUUCAACAAUACACAUUACGGAAGGGGCGCAUCCGAGAACGGCUGUCGGAAUGUACUACCCAUCCCAAACUCCGUUUAAAAUUGAGCCUUUGCUGGUGAGAACAGCCCCGCUCAUCCUUAAACAUUAGCAGUCAAGUUACUCCCCUCGCAAAGGCCACUCAUACAUGAUGCUAUAUUGUGUAUUUUUGGAAAGGUAGUGGCUAAAACAUCACUGUUGAUUAUUUCACAAUGAGGUUAACGCUAUAUUUAGCAUGUUGAGCGACGACGCCAUCCUCCAAAACUGGCUGCAGCGCCUCUGUUGUGAUACUUAAUAGCACCGUAAUGCACAUUGGGAAGCUAUUAGACCGUUUGUUGCUGGGUGUACCGGAAUUGUUUUGUUGGCUUUCGCCACGUUCCAGAUUGAAAGCUUUGCACCACUGAGCCCAUUGCAAACGGUAACGCUAAUAGUGUCAUAAUAGCUGCGACACAUGGCUACUGUCAGGUACUGUCAUGGCGCAUGCAUUACAUUGAUAUCGCUCGCUUUACACACACAAACACACACGUAGUGUCGCUAUCAACAUCUUACAUUGUUCAUGUUUUGCCAGUUCAGCACGUGGAAUAAUAUGUAGCCGCCACGUUGACAUAAACGGAGGAAGGACACCGAGCCAAAUGAUGUGAAACGCCGUUUCUGGACAACUAGAAGAGUUGAAGGACGGCGACAGAGGGACGGACAGACGGAAGGAUCGGAACCCUCUCAAAACAAGGAGCGCUUCUUCCUCAUCGUUAUCCCCCCUCCCCCUUUCCCUCAUCCCUAUCCCACCCCCUAUCCUUUAUUCUUCCUGGAACACACAUUCCCUACCUUGUACACUUUCAUCCCUUGAAGUUUUGAUGGAUCAGAAGAUUCAGGGGAGAACCGCAACACCACCUCUUCUCUCAGGUGUUCCCUCUGGGGAGCGAGAGAAAGAGGGAGGGGUUGGAAAGAUGGAAGAGGAGGAGGAGAAGAAGCGGGACAGAGAGAAAGAGGCUUCCAGUGUCUCUGACGGCACGGCGGCAGGUGGGCCAGGAAGCGCCGGCGGCGACCAGUCACAGUUCUCCAUCAAAGAGAGUAACCUAUCUGAGGGCAGUGUCAAACUGAAGAUAGGCCUUCAAGCAAAACGCAUGAAGAAACCUCCAAAGAUCUUGGAGAAUUAUGUAUGCAGACCAGCCUUCAGGGCUACAAUGAGGAAUACGGGGCGGGGAGGAGGUAGUGCUCGAGGAAAUCGUGCAGGGAAUACAGCUGAUGGACCAGGCAGCCAAAGCCAGAGCCCGUCUCAUGUCAGGGAAAAAGAGAGGGAACAGAGUCCAAGACCAGUCCCUUCAUCCUCAUCCAACCCAUCUUCUAAAGCCUCAACACCGCCGCCUCCUGGACUUCCAGCAGCCAGCGCAGCUUCCCCGGCACCUCCUCAAGUGAAUGGGAGUACAGCAGGAAAACGAGGUCCUCCAAAGAUGGAUUGUGUAUCAGACACAAAGUCAGAUACUAAAGUAGCUACCGCCACAUCUGAGCGACCCCUGAAUCUUCAUCGCCCUCUUACGGACAGCAAACUUCACCCUUCUGGGAAGAAAACACCAACUUUGCAAUACAACCAGCGGGCAUCAUCACCUUCUUCACCAACACCUGUAUCAAAAGAAUCUAGCUGUGAAGGUGUUAAACCACCUCAAUACACCUACAGCAAUGAAUGUCCAAGAGACAAGGACAAAGAUGUUCAAAGCUGGGGAGCCCCCACGGUCACUGAAAAAUUAGCUCAGCUCAUAGCAACUUGCCCACCGUCAAAGACCCCCAAGCCUGUCAAACCUGCUAAGACUGACACCGCUGCUCCCCUUUCAAGCUCAGGUUUUAUGACCCCCACCGCAAAGCAGCGAGAUAGAGCUAUGGCCAAUCGGAACACCUAUUCAAGAAUAACUCACCUCUCUCCCCCCCUUCCAGUGUCACGGCCGCCUGGUCGGCCCUACGGUUCUAGGAACAAAGACAGUGUUGUGGAGAACUCACCCACCUUGACGGCAAAAACGAACGAGGACAUUGAUGGGACUGGGAAACCUAGUAGCAGCAGUAUUAACAUGAGCGGUGGUAAUAGCAGUAGUACAGCGCUCAGCUGUGGCAAUAACCGACUGCCUUCCUUGGCAAAGGACAGCAACAAUGACAACAUAAAUAGUAGCAUUUCUAAACCACAGACAUGUGCUACUCUCUGCUCAUCUAAUACCACAACUUUGCCAUCUUGUCUAGUUUCGCCCUCCCCUACCACGACAGCUGAGCCAAGGAUAAGUCACCGAGGCUCCCCUGCUGCUUCACAAGCAGACCAUGCUCGAGAGACGCCUGUCUUGGUAGACGAAGGCAUUGCAAUUCCAAGGGAACAGGGAAGGGACAGCUCCAGAGAGCUGACCCAUUGCUCCUCAACAGGAAUAGCAAAGCCAGAAGGGAAAGACAAAGGGACUUGCAGUCAGUCAAUGCGAGUUGAGAGAGACAUGAGUUUGAGUCCAUGUAAGCGUAGCCCCAACCGGGAUAGUGCUCGUGUUGGUCGGACCAGCAGCCCUCCAGAACAUGUAAGGCCAAGGGCAUCUACUUCACCUGAGCCAGAUGUUGAAGACAGCCCACAAACUCCUCUUCGAGACGAGUCUCCGGAUUCAUCUAUAGAUUCCGCUACAGAGCAGGACAGUAAACCUCUUAAAAAACGUAGAGGAAGGAAGCCUCGCUGGGGCCGUGCUAUGAACAAAGUACAUAGUCAAAGAGCAGGCCAUGACAGCCCCUUUGACCAGAGCAAAACCACCAUGCCCUUAUCAGCCUUGGAAACAACAGUUAAGAGACCUGUGGGGAGACCUCCCAGCUCAAAUAAAGCGAAACCAAAUACUCUCCCACAAAGUUCACUGUCACAUAUCUUCCAACCCCAGGCCAAAAAAAGGGGAAGGCCAAAGUCCAAGAUGCCAACACUUGAUGCACCAGCCUGUAGGCGUCCAUCUAAUAAAUUGGCAACAUCUAAGGUUUAUUCAACUUUUUUAAAGUCUAAAGAAGAGCCAGAUCCCCCUGUUCUUCAUCCAGAGGUUGACCUAAACCCACCAAAACCUAUGCUUCGAAAACGUGGACGCCCCAAGCGGCUCCCACCAACCUUACCCCAAGAGAGUCACCCUCCCACUUUAGCUCCUGAGGCGGGGGACACAGGAGACAAGCGAUAUCACAACAAAGGAAAUGGUCAACUUAUUAUGAAAACAAUCAUAGGUAAGAUCAACAAGAUGAAAAGUGUGAAACGAAAGCGUAUUCUUAGUCAGAUCCUGUUAGGACCGAGAAAAGAAGACCCUCCCAAAGUGACCCCAAGUGGGGUGGUUGCAUCUGUGGAAACUGCAUCGCAAUCUUUGUCCUCUCUGGCCGCUUCUCUUGGGGGAAAACUUGGACCACUCAUUAACGUUAGCAAAAAAGGCACAAUAUAUAUGGGUAAGAGGAGAGGGCGUAAACCAAAAGCGGUGAGUGCCUCGGCUUCAACAGCACCACCAGAACCCUUCCUGUCUCCAGCUACCACUUCUCCUUUGCAUCACCAUCAAUCUCAACAACAGCACCAGCUUUCCUCCUCAGAAAUAUUUCCUUCCCCUUCUCUCUCACAAUCUAGCGGAGGCCAUAGCCCCAUUAGUGAUGGCAGUUUUGUAGAGCCAGGAUCAGUACACUUUGCCGGUCAUUCUCACUAUUCAAACACUCAUCACAGUCAUAGCACGUUUGCUUUCCCUCCACCGACAUUUUCAGCCCCAAAUCUUCGCAAUCCAGUGCUUGGCUCAUCCUUAUCAAUGGCCACAUCAGCCUCUCAGAAGAAGUCAUCUUUCCGUGGAUACCACCACCACCACUAUAGGCAGCACUACAACUAUCACAAGCUAUCCCCUCCUCGGCCGCUUCAUCCCACGUCCCCUGCCCCACUCAGUGAACUGAAAGAAGCCACUCCAUCCCCAGUAAGUGAGUCACACAGUGAGGAAACAGUGCCCAGUGACAGUGGUAUUGGAACAGACAACAACAGUACCUCUGACCGUGGUGAGAAAGCUGGAGGAGCAGGGGGCUUGGGUGGAAUGGGGUUGGCAGCUGGGAUAGGUAGUGGGUUAUUAAUACCAGGGGUUAUUGGUUCAGCUGUGGGUACACGAAUGGGACUUAAUUCUAGAGGCAGGCGACGCCACUCCGCUGUACUUGUGGAACAUCCCUCACCUUCUCCGUCACCACACGCGGCAAGGUUAUCACCAGAUCCACUCAGACCUCACCCAGCAGCUUCCUCGGCCUCCUUAAUGGGACACAAGGAAAAACAUAAACAUAAGUGUAAACGCCGUAACCAUGGGUGCCCAGGCUAUGAAAAGCUUAAGCGACAGAAAAGAAAACGGAAGAAGAAAUACCUCCAACUCCGCUCUCGGCGGAUCGACCCCAACUUUCUUGCUGAACUGGAUGAAAUUGUCAUAAGAAUGAGUGAAAUUCGCAUCGCACACCGUACCACAGGCCACCGCCUUGGCAGUGGCAUCACAUUGGCAGCAGGAGCAAAGAGAAUGCCAGGAGUAGCCAACCGUGCCACUGGCCUAAGUGGUACCAGUGGCCCUCCACCACAUCAUUAUAUCCACAGAGAUCUCCUGCCCACAAUCUUCAGGGUUAACUUUGGCAGCUUCUAUUCCCAUCCUGCAUACUCCUGUGAUCCGUUGCACUAUGUUCGCAAACCAGACAUGAAAAAGAAACGGGGGCGACCUCCAAAACCCAGAGAGUCCAUGUCUGAGGUUGCUUUUGUACCAGGGCUUGGAUUUCCUCUCUCCAGUGGUGGCUUCUACCAUCCAUCCUACAGUGUUCCUUACUCCUCUGGACCCCUGGGUUUGAGUUACUACAGGGGCUAUCCUCCAGCUAGUGCUCUAUAUCCUCACCCACACCAUCAGUCAGCCCACACAGCCCAAUCUCACCACUCUACUCAUUCACCCACUUUCCCUCCUCCUCCCCCCACAUCUUACAUGCAUCAUCACCACCCCUCACAUCUCCUGCUAAACCCUUCCAAAUUUCACAAGAAAAAACACAAGCUACUUAGGCAGGACUACCUAGGAGGAGGAAGGUCCCCCGUCCUUUACCCACCCAUGUCCUCUGAGUUGUCGUUCAACUGGCACCACAAACACAAACAUCGACACAAACACAGAGAGCGAUGUGCUGACGAUGACAGAGAGGAAGAAGAAGCAAUAGGAGGAUCGGGGAAUCGGGCAGGGGCUGGAUUGUCUGACAGCAGAGCAUUAGGGAAAGGAGAAAGACUUGCUAGCUUGGGAAUGGCAGAGUCUUUGCAACAAUGCCGCUUUGGACGGGGAACCUCCAGCAGCAUUUCCAGCAAGCAAGGGGGUGCCGCCUUAGCCAACUCUCCUUCUUCUUCAUCCUCUUCUUCUGCAGAUAGGUAUAAGCGCAAAGAAAGCUCAGUAUCUUGUCUAGGGCCCUCUAGACUAACUCUGGGAAACAGCUCCAAAAGCCAACACUCUGCAGAGUCCUGGUUUAGAAUAGGUAACCCUGAGGCGGACUACUCGAAGCUUUCACGUCGUCAUGUAUUGCCCAGUCAAGGCCCUUUCUCAGAUGGACGGGCUCAGGAACUGCCUGCUUGCUCGGACAGUGAAGAUGAGGAGCCUCUCACACCCACGGAAGAUGUGGAACCAAGAGGCCGUGAUUCCCCCAAUCUCACAAACUUGUUUGCCUCCGCUUUCAACCGCACUAACUUGCGAAGGUGUAGGAACAGAAAGAAUGAAUCAGCGCCAGGGAACACCAGCUUCUCUUGUGUGGAACGAAAAUUAAGGAAGGACCCCUCAAUAUCAGCAGAGAGAAGAGAAUUAGAGACUCCAAGUGUACCGACAAGAGGUGUUGUCCCCGCAAACUCUGAAGGGCCUGAAGGAUCCAUGCACCGUCGGCAGCAACUACAUCACCAGUCGUCUGUAUUUUACUCUCAUGGCUCAACGUCCUCUGCCUGCAUUUUCCCUUCCCAAGACUGUUGCCCAGAUGCUUCCCUGCCCCAUCAGUCUCAUCGGGCGCAGCCAUCCAAGCACAGCCUCCAUCAUGUAAACAAAAUCCUGCGUGCCAAGAAGCUGCAGAGGCAAGCCCGUACAGGAAACAAUAUGGUGAAAAAGAGGGGCCCUGGACGCCCCAGGAAACACCCACUGCCCUCGCCAACGCCGUCCCCACCGCCUACCGUUGAAAUAAAUCAAACACGGCACAGAGUGGGGGAUCGGCCAGUGGGCAGGGUGUGGGAUGGGGAUACUGUGAAAGAUACCAUAGAGUCAGUUGUAAAAGACCAGCGAAGCAAAGGCCAGAAAAGGAAACACUGGGAGAGAGAUGACGUUGAGGAAGAAGAAGAGCAAGAGGAAGGGGAGGUAGAAGACAUUAUGGAGCAAUUGCCAGACAAAGAACAGAACCUGAGCAGCCUGGUCCUGGCGAGGUCCAGACCAGGAUCUGGAAGGGGCUGGCUUGCCCAAGAUGAGAUCCGUCACUUCCAGGGCUCAGGGGAGAAUAAGCCAGACGGCCAUCACUCCACUGAACGCCAAGACGCUGUCUCUAAGGAGCAAACAUCAGCCAUCCCCAUUACUAGCCAACGGGAGAAGAGACCAGCUAGACCUCCAAAGAAAAAGUUCCAGAAGGCUGGACUUUACUCUGAUGUGUAUAAGACUGAAGACCCCCGCAGUCAGCUCCUACAGCUAAAGAAAGAGAAGCUGGAGUACAUACCUGGGGAACAUGAGUAUGGAUUAUUUCCAGCACCCAUACAUGUCGGAAAAUACUUGAGACAGAAACGCAUUGAUUUCCAAUUGCCUUAUGACAUCCUCUGGCUUUGGAAACAUGAUCAGCUAUACAAGAGGCCUGAUGUCCCCCUUUAUAAAAAAAUCAGAUCAAAUGUAUAUGUUGAUGUCAAGCCUCUCUCUGGUUAUGAAACAACUACGUGCAGCUGUCGAGCUCCCGAGAACACAAAUGAAAAAGGUUGUUUGGAUGACUGCCUAAAUAGGAUGAGUUUUGCUGAAUGCUCUCCCAGCACUUGUCCAUGCCAUGAGCAGUGUGACAACCAGCACAUCCAGAGGCACGAAUGGGUACAGUGUCUGGAGCGAUUUCGUGCGGAGGGCAAGGGCUGGGGCAUUCGUACCAAGGAGAGUCUCCGUUCUGGGCAGUUCAUUAUUGAGUACCUGGGAGAAGUGGUCAGCGAACAUGAGUUCCGGAGUCGUAUGAUGCAGCAGUACUUUGCUCACAGUGGCCACUACUGUCUCAACCUGGAUAGUGGCAUGGUGAUUGACAGCUACAGAAUGGGCAAUGAGGCUCGCUUCAUAAACCACAGUUGUGAGCCCAACUGUGAGAUGCAGAAGUGGUCAGUUAAUGGAGUGUACAGAAUUGGUCUGUUUGCGCUCAAGGACAUCAGCAGCGGUACCGAGCUCACCUACGACUACAACUUUCAUUCCUUCAACACAGAAGAGCAGCAAGUCUGUAAGUGUGGCUCAGAGACCUGCCGAGGCAUCAUCGGAGGAAAGAGCCAGCGUAUUAACGGGCUUCCCGGAAAGGCAGGUGGGACUCGGCGAAUGGGUCGCCUCAAAGAGAAGCGGAAAUCCAAACACCAUCUUAAAAAACGAGAGGAAGAAUCAAGUGACAGCAGCAAAUUUUACCCUCACUUAAUGAAACCCAUGUCAAACAGAGAACGCAACUUUGUGCUCAAGCAUCGAGUGUUCCUCCUAAGAAACUGGGAAAAAAUGAGGGAGAAACAGGAGUUGCUGAAACGAGAGGGUGAGCGCGAGAGAGACUCCAGCGGCCUGUCCGUCUAUACUCGCUGGGGUGGAGUCAUCCGUGAUGACGGCAACAUAAAGUCAGAUGUUUUCCUCACGCAAUUUUCAGCCCUGCAGACAGCACGUUCAGUGCGCACGCGGAGGCUCGCUGCCGCCGAAGAAAACACAGAAGUCACGCGCACUGCUCGACUCGCACACAUCUUCAAAGAGAUUUCUGACAUGAUUACCAGCUACAAAGAUUCAUCAGGCCAAACACUUGCUGCUCCACUAGUGAACCUCCCAUCAAGGAAAAGGAACACCCACUACUAUGAGAAAGUGUCUGACCCUCUGGACCUGAGCACCAUUGAGAAGCAAAUCCUCACGGGCCAUUACAAGACAGUUGAAGCAUUCGACACGGACAUGCUCAAAGUUUUCCGCAAUGCUGAGAAAUACUAUGGCAGGAAGUCAUCAAUAGGCAGGGAUGUGUGCCGGCUGCGGAAAGCCUACUACAGCGCACGUAAUGAGGCUGCAGUGCAGAUCGAUGAGAUUGUGGGCGAGACCGCCAGCGAGGCCGACAGCUCCGACUCACUUGAGCGGGACCAUGGCCACCACCAUGGAGCCGGCAGAUCCCAUGACAAGGAUGAUGACAUCAUCCGCUGCAUCUGUGAGAUGUACAAGGAUGAAGGCCUGAUGAUCCAGUGUGAAAAGUGUAUGGUUUGGCAGCACUUUGAUUGCAUGCGUUUGGAGACAGAGGUGGAGCACUACCUGUGUGAGCAGUGUGAGCCGAGGCCAGUGGACAGAGAAGUGCCCAUGCUGCCCCAACCCAGCUACGCCCAGGCUGGCUCUGUCUAUUACAUCUGCCUCCUAAGAGAUGACCUGCUUCUACACCAAGGGGAUUGUGUGUACCUGAUGAGAGACAGCAGACGGACACCUGAGGGUCAGCCGGUCAGACAGUCGUACCGCCUCCUGUCUCACAUCAACCGAGACAAACUCGACAUCUUCCGCAUCGAGAAACUCUGGAAGAAUGAAAAGGGUGAGCGGUUUGCCUUUGGCCAUCACUACUUCCGCCCUCACGAGACACACCAUUCCCCGUCACGGCGGUUCUACCAGAAUGAGUUAUUUCGCAUGCCGCUUUACGAGAUCAUCCCUCUUGAAGCAGUGGUGGCACCCUGCUGCGUUCUCGAUCUGUACACGUACUGCAAAGGACGACCAAAGGGUGUGAAAGAGCCAGAUGUGUAUAUCUGCGAUUACCGCUUGGACAAGUCAGCUCACCUUUUCUACAAGAUCCAUCGUAACCGCUACCCAGUGUGCACCAAGCCAUACGCCUUCAACCAUUUCCCCAAGCGACUGACACCCAAGAGAGACUUCUCACCUCACUAUGUACCCAACAACUACAAGAGGAACGGGGGUCGCUCAGCAUGGAAAAGUGAGCGCUCCAAAGGAUCUGAAGGCUGUGAGGACGACGGCUCUUCGUGUGAGAGGGGAGAGGACUUCCCGCUUCAGGCUGAAGACAGCAGACCAGAGGACAACAUGGACGGGGCUCCGGAUGAUCCUGAACUUUUACUGGGCAAGCCUCGACGAGCCAAAGGGGACAUUGAGGAGGAUGAGGACGAUGAAGAAGAGGAAGGGGAAGGGACUGAGGCCGAGGAGCGCAAGGAGCUGGAGGAGGGCUCAACAGAGAGGAUAGAGGAGAUGCUUGAGCAGCCAACCUCCUCGGCCUGCUCGCCACUCCACCACCCUGCACUGGGCAGGAGGGAGGCCCAAAGGGAACGUCUCAACAAGAUUCUGUUGGAUUUGCUGCACAGAACACCCAGCAAGAAUGGUGAGGGAGCAGACACAAAGCAGGGUGCCGUAGAUGUCACUUAUCUCCUGGAGGAGGGUGCAGGGCGGCGCCUACGGCGACGGACACUAGGAUUUGGUGAUUUUGUUGGCAGAAAGUAACAUUUCUACUUGCCUUGCCUUCUAAGCAAGACAGGAAAUGAGCUUUGCUGGGCUAGCCAACCCUUCCAGACCAUAAUGCAUCUUUUGGACCUCCUAUUUCACCUCUUCCGAGACUCUGAGGGGAUGGAAGGGGGUUUGGAGUCGUCGACUAAAAGCAAGCUUUCAAAUAGCUCACACGCUGAUAGGCGCAAUAAUAGGAACAUGGUACUGGAGUAGGGAGCGCUGGGUCAGUCAAUGCAGAUGAAGAAUUGCUCCCCCCUGUGGCACCUUGCUGCAUUGUCAGAAUGAUCAGUGCUGUGACUUUUGGAGGAGAGAUGCAAGUUGAGCAGUCUGCUCAGAUGCUGCUCGUGAGAAAGAGGAUGGAUGAACUGCACUUUUGGUACCAUGGAUAUAUCGUGAAGCUCUGUGUAAUGUAUCUGUAAUGAAAACACACUAAAGUACUGGAUGAUGCAGUCUUAUCGUCUUUUUCCUGCUAUACUGUAGUCAGCCUACUCCGAACACCGGAUGUGUGCUUUUGUCCAAGCGUCUUGUUACGGUUUUCAUGUUUUUUCUCCCCAUGAGAUGCUCAUCUUUCCAAACGAUGUGAUUCACCAGCUUAACUAAAUCAGGUGGGACGCGCACUGGCUUGAACUGUAACGCCUUACUCGGCCGUGCUGUCCGACUUCCUGUUUUUACACUUAGUGUGUCUGUAGUCUACCAGAUUUCAUGAAGAUUUCCUUUUUUUUUUUUUUUUUUUUUUAGAAAAAAAAAAUAACGAAAAAAAACAAGGGCUUAAUGGCAAUUAACAAUUUAAACAAAACUAUGGAAAACAACGCUUAACAUGAAAUGUAUCGUGAUGGUAAUAUUUUCUUAUAUUCCGUGAGACAAGCGUAUGCUGUAUAUUGGGUGGGGAAUGGACUUCUUUUUUUUUUUUUGGUCUCUUUAUGUUUAUUGCCAUGGAGAAUGUUUGAAAAGAAUAUCUGACAGGAUCUCCCCCUUGAAAUGCGUAAAAGGGACAAGCUGCGGUGUCCCAAUGUUGUAAACUGACAAAGAAUCCAUGAGACGGUUAGCUGUACAGUGCCAACUUCUGUAUAUAGACACACACACACACACACACACACACACACACACACUGAGGGGUUUCUCCAAAAGCAAUAUCUUGAAGUUUUGUGUUUAUUAUUGUACUGUACAGCCCUAAAUGUAUUGCAAUUAUUAUAAUAAUGCUACUAUUAUAAGUUCUUCAUAUUGCUAUUAUGAAGACACUUAAGCUUGGAGGAUUUUUUUUUUUAAAUGUCUUGAAAAUCUCACCAUAAUCUGUCCUCACAGCAUAGAAACACACAGUUUGUUGCCUCGAAAUGAAAUUCAUGCAAAUGUCGUGCAUGAGUGAGAAGAAUGUCAAAAGGAAGGCAUUGGGACACGGCAGUGAUACAGAAUAUUGUUAAUAAUAUUGCUUUUAUAAAAGGAGGAAUGCACUCCUCUUUUUGCUGCAAAGUGUUGAACACUAAAAAAACAAGCCAACAUAAAAAUGUUAGAAUAUUUUUGAGCAGUGACAGAAACAAAAGUGAACCGAUCGAAACCUGUUAUUAUUAUUAUUAUGAUGAUUUCAUCUUUCAAAUAGGAAAUGGUUCUGUUUUGUGAUAGCGGUCAUCGUAUGAUGCUUGUACUUGUAUUUGUGUUUUUCUGUGAUUUGUUUCCUUCUUUUUAGACAAUCACAAAAUAAGAUGCAAGCAUUGUAAAUGGCAGACUGGCAUUUUGUGACGUGUACAGUUUGUCAAAAAAAAAAAGAAAAAAAGAAACAACAACCUCUCCCACUCGUUAUUAAAAGUUUGU